AUGACAGAUUUCAAGCGCGCAAGCUUCGCUAGGGGCGAACCCAUCGAUCCUGCUUCAGCGGAGUCUGAACAUACUUCCACGGAUGAGAAAUCUGAGGAAACACAGGUCCAUCAACGGCGUCUACAAGAGCUUCAACACUCAGAGCCUCCUGUCUUGCCAAUCACAACUUUGUUCCGGAAAAGAAAGAACCAUGAGUUGGACCAGAUUGCCACACAGCCGUCAGUGUUUGAUGACCCUGCCUCAGCAAAAUACUUCCACCCGACCGAACGAUACGAAAACUUGCAUCGCUUUGAUCCCAAUUUCCGCUGGACCUGGAGAGAAGAACUCCCUUUGAUCAACAAGAUCGACUGGAAAAUAACUCUAUGGGCGUGCAUUGCUUUCUUCGCCCUCGAUCUUGACAGAGGCAACUUGUCACAAGCAAACACCGACAACUUCCUGGAGGACCUAAAUUUGACCACAAAUGGCAAGUCAUUGUCUCGGAACUUCAAUCUCGGGAAUACCGUUUUCCGCUUGGCCUUCUUGUGCGCAGAGUUGCCAUCCCAACUCAUCAGCAAGAAACUAGGACCCGAUCGAUGGAUUCCAACCAUAAUGUGCCUCUGGAGUAUAGUCGCUGCUGCACAGUUCUGGCUAUCUGGGCGGCCUUCUUUUCUCCUCUGCCGCGCCCUGUUAGGCAUGCUUCAAGGAGGCUUCAUUCCUGAUGUAAUCUUGUAUCUGUCUUACUUCUUCAAAGGCACUGAACUCCCAUUCCGGCUGGCUCUAUUCUGGACUACCCUUCGAGUUACAGACAUUGUUGCGCCAAUCCUUGCCUUUGGCCUUCUAAGGUUGCGUGGUCUCCAUGGAUACGCUGGCUGGAGAUGGCUCUUCUUAAUCGAAGGUCUUCUCACGCUUUCAAUUGGCGCUUGGAGUUGGUUCAUGAUGGCCCCGAGUCCCACACAAACACGUUCCUGGUAUCGACCUAAAGGAUGGUUUACCGAGCACGAAGAAAAGAUCAUGGUGAACAGGGUCCUCAGAGAUGACUACAGCAAAGGAGACAUGCACAACAGGCAGGCUGUUGACUUGAAGUUGCUGUGGAAGUCCAUAUGCGACUACGACCUGUGGCCGUUGUAUAUCCUCGGACUUACAUUCGGCAUCCCGUCUUCGCCUCCCGACACGUAUCUGACGCUGACACUACGGACCCUCGGAUUCAGCACCUUUGACGCUAAUCUUCUGAGCAUACCCGCUCAAGUCGGUAGUACCAUUACCAUGCUCACUUUGACAUACUUCUCCGAAAUAUGGAACGAGAGAUCUCUCCUCGGCUUGUUCGCACAGGUUUGGAUCCUGCCGAACAUCAUUGCACUCACGGUAAUACCGUCGGCGGCUUCGCCGUGGGUCAAGUUUGCAGUCGUCACCAUACUACUAUCAUACCCAUACCCGCAUGCAAUGCACGUGGGCUGGUGCAGCCGCAACUCCAAUUCGGUCCGCACAAGGACCGUCUCGGCCGCUCUCUACAAGCAAACCAGUGGAAUCAUCAGUGCGAAUAUCUACCGCCAAGACGACCGGCCCGACUACCGCCGCGGCAAUCGCCAACUCACAGCAAUCUGUGCUGCCAACAUUGUCAUCUACCUGCUGGUCAAGGCGUAUUAUCUAUGGCGCAAUAAGCAACGCGAGCAGGAAUGGUCGGCCAUGACUGUGGAGCAACGCCUGCACUACCUGGAGACAACGAAAGAUACGGGGAGCAAGCGUAAGGAUUUUCGGUUUGCGCAUUAG